AUUUCAAAAGCACAUUAUACAACACUUAAAUAUUUAACAGGAUUAUCACCAAAAUCGAUUAAAAAAUAUACAAAAAUAUUUCAUGAUUUAAUAAUAAACACAUUAACAGUUAAUGAUAGCAGGCUAGGAGGAGAACGUAAAAUUGUAAAAAUAGAUGAAUCUAAAUUUAAAAAAGAUGUUUUAUUAAAUACAAAUACUCUUACAAGAAUUAUAAAAAAACAUGUUAUUCCAGGAACAAAAAUCUAUUUAGAUAGUUGGCGUGGCUAUCAAGAAUUAGAAAAAUUAGAAAUGAAACAUAUUCAU